UAGCGUAUCUUUCCCUCCUCCGGAUAAUCACAUCCACUCAUCCAUCCGUGCGACCGUCCGCGUUAUAAAUAUUUAUACUGCUUUAAGGAUCACGAGAGCUACAAAUUCUAUGGCUGUCUCCUUUCACGAUGACUCACCACCGAAAUUGGCGAUCUCGUGGAAGGACGAGCAACCGAGGAGGACCCAACAGCUCCAGAAAGCGCAAUCAGUCGGAAAUAUUCUGCGUGCACUUUCAACGUGGCAGGUGCCACCACGGUGAGCGGUGCAGAUUCUCACACGAUGUGAAUAAGGCUGCCGACUUCAAGUCAACCCCGGCUACAUAUCAUCCCACAACCCAUGAUCUGGACGCUCGGAAUCAAUACUUCGACUGGAAGAGACUUCUUAGACGAGGACUCUUAGGGUCCGGAUUUUCUCGAAUGGAACAUGAAGAGAUCGUUCAAUUCUGGAACGGGGCUCUUGAAAUUCUUGAAAGCGACAACAGAGAGAAUCAUCAAUUCCUCGCCAAAGAUCUUGUGGACGACGAUCUUCAUGGACAUGAUUUUAUCCUGGCAACUGCGGAUGCAGACGAUCCAGAUGGAGUGCGACCUAUUUCUACUUACGACGAGCCUUUUCUUAAAGUAAUUACCCAUGCUUCUCUCUUGCACUGUCUUUCUGUCGAUUCAUUUGUUGGCACUCUGUACACAUCCUUUGGCGGUCCGGAUGGAGAUCGAGCAAUCAGAUAUUUGAGAAGUGUCUGCCGGAGCCUGAUGAGUAAAGGUGAAGAUACCAACGAAAAUGUACCAGUCAUCUCUCUGGACAUGAUGAAGUUACUGUUGAAUACCCUAUACCAACUUUUGUCAAGAGUCCGACUCGCUCGAUUCCACGAUGAAAUUCCCGCACUGCUCGACCUGAUUCGCGAAGUGGGCUCCCAAGUCACUGAAACAUGCUCGAAUGCCGACACCGACGGACUUGAAAGCAGAAUAGAAGUCAUGCAGAGCCUGAUCGCUAGCGCAAACAGCAGACUUUACACACCCAGGGCGCAUGAGGGAAACGCCCAGAAGAGUGGAUCAGCCCUUUCGUCUUUUCCGCUGGAUAUGCAAAUCCCUGGUGGGAGACACGACAACGACCUCGCUGAUAUCUCUCAGGUUAAGAUUCUUCCUACCCAUGGAGAGAUUGUCAGCGGCAAUUCAGAAUAUCUACCCUCUACCAACUUCCUUCAGCCGCACUUUCUCCCCGACCCUUUACAAAGACACAUUGACUCAACAUUCCGACUCCUGCGCCAUGAUAUCUUCGGCUCAGCCAAAGAUGUCCUUCGAGAUCUGCUGCAGCAGAAUGAUCUAACACAAUUUUCGUAUUUCUCAAGCAAAGAUAGCGGGGCACAUUUCUAUCUGGGAGCACAGGUCCUCCAAAUAUUUAUCAAUGAUAGAAAAGAGCUUGAAGCGACCGUGUCCUUUGCUACUCCACCCCAAAUCCGCAAAAAGACAUCCAACGAGCAAUGCAGAUGGUGGCAAGACUCCAGUCGACUAGAGGAAGGAGGCCUAGUGUGUUUCUUGACGUCCCAAAAAACCCACAGGAGGCUUAUAUUCCUCGAGGUCACAGUGAAGAAUGCUUCCAAGGACCGAGCGCACCAGAACAAAAGUAGUCUUGUUUCUGAUAGGUUUCCGCCUAGUAUUACGGUCAAGCUUGCGGCAUGCCUACAGCAAGAACUGAUUCUGCUGUGCCAGAUUUACAGCAAGAAGCUUACCGGUAUUCUAGUCGACUUCCAUGGUUUGAUCCCUGCCACGUUCGCUCCUAUCCUGAAAAACCUUCAGCGAAUCCAACGCGAAGGAGAGUUGGCAUUUCAAAAAUGGAUCUUGCCAGGCCGUAAGGAUAGUGAAGAUGGUCACAGGAUACCCCCGCCAGCAUACGCACGCAAGCCAGGAUUUGUCUUUCCCCUGACUUCGAUCACAGUUGUUGGAGCUGAAAAGGUUGCAUUGAACCCGAGUACCCCAGAGGCUAUUGACCUCUUGAAGCUGCAAACUCAAACGGGUCUCGACCAUGGCCAGUGUCAGGGACUUAUCGCGGCUCUCACACGAGAGUAUGCCCUCAUCCAAGGCCCACCAGGCACCGGAAAAUCCUAUUUGGGUGUUAAACUUGUUCAAGUUCUCCUUGAAAUCAAGGAAAAGGCAGAGCUAGGCCCAAUUCUAGUGAUCUGCUAUACCAACCAUGCCUUGGACCAAUUCUUAAAGCAUCUUCUUGAUGUUGGUAUCCAGAAGAUCAUACGCAUUGGCGGCCGCAGUCAGGCCACUGAGCUUGAAGGCAAGAACCUUCGCGUUGUCAGUAAAGACAUUGGGAAGACGAGGAUAGAGUCAAAAACCCUCGGCAUGUCCUAUGGGAAACUUGAAGACUGUAUGAAGAACGCUGGAUAUGCAAUGAAACCUCUACACCAGUCUCAAAAAGGCCUGUCUUGGACCGCGAUGGAGCGUUUCUUGCACCGAGAAUGGCCCAUUAUACAUGAACAACUGAAGCGACCAGACACGGAAGGAUUCACAACUGUCACUGAUGAUAAAUUACUCAACUGGCUAGGCUGGUUCAAACAGUGGCAGGAAAUCGAAUCCGCCUCGCUGUUCGAGGCUCUUGAUCGCGCUGCAAAUCUUCGCGGGGACAUUAAUGCGGUCCAUGAAGAGGUCAACCGCCGAGCCUUGAUUCAAGCAGAUGUAGUAGGAAUCACGACCACAGCCCUCGCACGCCAUAUCGAGACACUACGUCGAGUAGGAACAAAGGUCAUUAUAUGCGAGGAAGCAGCUGAGGUAAUGGAAGCCCACGUCAUCUCAGCCCUCAUGCCAGGAGUUGAACACUUCAUUCAAAUUGGGGAUCAUCGACAGCUGCGACCACAGAUUCAGAAUCAUUCACUUAGUCUCGAAACAUCCACAGGAAAGGCAUGGCAGCUAGACAGAAGCCAGUUUGAGAGACGUGCUGUCGGCGAACCAGGUCUCAAGCCAGCCCCUGUUGCACAGCUCAAUGUACAGCGAAGAAUGAGACCUGAGAUCUCGCAGCUUAUCAGGAGCGUCUAUCCAAAACUUGAGGAUCAUGAAAGCGUGAAGAGUCUACCCAAUGUUGUUGGAAUGCGGAACAACCUCUUUUGGCUGGACCAUCGAUGUGAUGAAGAUUCAAGGGAUGACGGUAGCCGUGUAAAGUCUCAUAGCAACCAGUGGGAGGUCGAUAUGGCUACUGCUCUUGUUCGGCAUCUUGUUCGGCAGGGAGAGUACAAGAGCACGGAUAUUGCCCUCUUGACGCCCUAUACCGGGCAGCUGCGGAAGCUCAGGGCAUCUCUAUCCAAUGAUUUCGAAAUUUGUCUCAGCGAGCGGGACUUGGAGACUUUGGCCGCAGAUGGGCUUGAGAAGUUUGAAGAUGCAUAUCCUGAGUCAAAUGGUCGCAAGUCACUCGAGAAGAAGACGUUGCUCCAGACGCUCCGUCUUGCUACCGUCGACAACUUCCAAGGCGAGGAGGCAAAGGUGAUCGUUGUCUCCCUAGUCCGCAGCAACUCAAAGCGCAAGGUUGGCUUCCUACGCACCGAAAACCGUAUCAAUGUGCUCCUCAGUCGAGCUCAGCACGGCAUGUAUCUUAUUGGAAAUGCUGAGACAUACCUCAAUGUCCCAAUGUGGGCCGGUGUCCACUCUCAGCUCGCCUCUGCAAAAGCAGUCGGCACGGAGUUGGCUCUCUGUUGUCCUCGCCACUCAGAAACGCCUAUUAUCUGUUAUGAACCUCACGACUUUGAGAGGAAGAGCCCCGAAGGUGGGUGCAGUCUCCCGUGUACCCGUCGACUCGAGCCAUGUGGUCAUAAAUGCCAGGCUAAGUGCCAUUCAGCGGCCAUGCACGAUGGCUUUGCAUGUGGGAAACCUUGCCCACGUAUCCGAUCAACUUGUGAGCACGAAUGUCCCAAGCUUUGUGGUGAAGACUGUGGCCCUUGCAUGGCGAAGAUUCAAGACGUGGAGCUUCCUUGUGGUCAUAUCAAGAAAGCUAUCUUUUGCCAUCAAAUGUCAAACUUGAAAGUCAUUAAAUGUAACGUCGAGGUCGAAAAGACUGUUCCUAAGUGUGGCCAUAAAAUCCAGGUUGGGUGUUUCAAGGAAGUCACGUCUCCGAGCUUCCGCUGCCCUAAGCCAUGCACCGGCAUCCUCGGCUGUGGCCACAACUGCAGCGAUUGCUGCGGAAAUUGUCUUGAGGAAGUCCAUAACGGAAGAAGAGUAUUUAAGCACCCGAAGUGUACGAAAAGAUGUGACCGGCCCCACGGUGCUUGCAAUCAUAGGUGUCCCAAGACAUGUCAUAACGAGGAGAGCUGUGGUUACUGCGAGGCAAAAUGCGAGGUUCGAUGCUCACACUCAGCAUGCGACUUGACCUGCGGAAAGGCAUGUGCACCAUGCAUCGAGAGAUGCACCUGGUCCUGCAAACACCAAGGCUCCUGCUCAAUGCCUUGUGCGGCAAUAUGCAAUCGGCUUCCUUGUGAUGAGAGAUGCACUGAACUUCUUAAAUGUGGCCAUCGAUGUCCGAGCCUCUGCGGAGAAGAUUGUCCAAACAAUCUGUGUCAAGAGUGCGGCGAUAAGGGAGACGCCCGUGUUGACUUCCUCGAAUUGAGAACUUAUUCCGAAAUCAAUCUCGAUGAAACUCCAAUCAUCGUGCUUGGAUGCGGCCACUUUUUUACGAGUGAAUCGGUUGAUGGAUUUGUUGGCCUGGAUGAAGUAUACACGAGAGAUAAAAACGGAAAGUUUGACGGUCUCCGAGAUAUCUCUUCUUCUCUCGCCAGUGCCAUCCCAUCGUGCCCGGACUGUAAGCAGCCCAUUCGCCAGUUUGUGACGAAACGUUACAAUCGUGUCAUCAACCGUGCUGUUAUGGAUGAGACUUCUAAGCGGCUGCUUAUCAAAGGUCGCGCUGACCUUGAAGCCCUUGAAUCGCGUCUGAAUGACAUUGAAGACAAGCUCGACUCUGAGCCAGCAUUGCUGUCCGUGGGGGACACUCAAUUGCAGCUCAAUGCACGAUAUGCAGCCUGUGAGCGCCUUGGGACGGAGGCAUCAAGGCUCAGCAAAGCCAUGGAGGCCGAGAAUCAGCCGAUGAAACGGCUCAUGGAUGCGAUUGCCAUCCACCAAAAGUCACCAAGGGACGGAAUAGCCUCCCUCUCAACCCGAAUGGAGGCGAUGAAUAUAGCGGCACGAGAAUCCGACAACCAAAUCACCCUCGGCGCAAGGCUAAUUUACAUCAAGUCCAAGGAGGUCAUGUUGAGCGACACCUCUAAAGUGGUAGAUUCAAGCGGAAAAUCUGCAACACAACCACGGCUAAGAUUCGCCAAACUAUCAUCAACCUUGAUUCAAGUUCUGAAGGAUUGCCGAGACUUGAUAACUCAAGCUAAUGAAGGAAAUUUCUCCCGCAUCGUCAUCACGGCGACCAUCUCAUUCGCCAAGAUCGCGCAGCUGGACGCGUGGUAUCACCGCUCUCAUCCAGGAACAACAACAAGUGCUCUACAUCUCAAAGAAAAAAAUGGUCUAGAGAUGCUUGAGGAUCGCUUUCAGACCACCCGCGAUCUUCUCGCCGAUGCGUUGAAAUUAUGCGACGAACUGAGGAACUGUCCUGAGCUCCAACAAAAGGUCCAGGAGAUGGUCCGCCUCUAUGAGGGCACACGAUACGAACCAGUCACUUUAGAAGAACUUCAAUCAAUCAAGACGGCCAUGGUGAGUGGGCGAGGAGGAAUCGCGACGCACUCGGGGCACUGGUACAAUUGCGUCAACGGACAUCCGUUUGCUAUUGGAGAGUGCGGUAUGCCGAUGGAGCAAGCUAGAUGCCCUGAAUGUGGAUCACCUAUUGGAGGUCAAAAUCACACAGCCGUUGAGGGCGUUUCUCGAGCGCGGGAAAUGGAGUAG